CGAGAAAGGAAGUAGCGACAGGCUAGCUGGUUAGCCGGUCUGAAUCCACACACAGUCUGUCCGGAAAAGAGUGAACUUGAAAGGAAAUUUUUUUUUAUCCGGGCGGCUGUUUUUCUUCGUUUGAUAAGAGCGUAAGAGCAGACUGCGGUGUAUUUGUCGAUACGUUUUAUUUUCUCUCUGCCGCGGUUUCAGACCCAACUGUGAGCUUUUGUCUGCCUGUCUGGGGCGCCUCCGCUGUUAGCCUGGUCGGUUCAAAACAGUCUCGGGUUUAUUCAAAGAAGAAGGCAAACCCCAAUCCGUAUCCGAUUUGUUCGUCAUUCUUUCACCAGUGGGUUGAAUCGUGGAAGAUGCAGUUAAGGAUUACACCAAGACAAUGAGAAAAACAGCCGGGAAAGGUGCUGCGUGGUGAGAGGGAAGCAGUGAGUGCGGCAUGCUGAGGCCACUCCCCCUGGCUCAGGAUGAGUGUCAGAGAUGGCGCUGCCACCAUGGCAACGAAUGCAGGUGGAGGAGGGGGGGGAGGUGGGCCAGCUAGCCCUAACGACCAUGAUGGCCGCUCGUACAUGCUUCAGAUCUACACACGGCUUGCAGCACAAUCCUCCACCUGCUGCAGCCUAAGGGUGCAUAAGGAUGCAACAGCAGCCUCUGUGAUCUCAGAUGCUGCCACGGCACUGGGGCUGGACCCUGGCCGCAUGUAUGUGCUGGCAGAGGUAAAGGAAUGUGGCGGGGAAGAGUGGGUGCUAGAGGCCGGAGACGUUCCAGCACAGAGGUUUCUGCUGUGGCCCCGGAAAGCCCAGGAGCAACACCCUCAGAGCCUCGGCUUUUACUUCCUACUACAGGAGAGGAACCAUGAUGGCUCUAUCCAUUAUGUUCAUCUCCCAUCUGUGUCUAAGGAGCAGGAGGUUCAGCGGCUAGCCGCCAGGGGCUUCCUCCCCCCUCCACAGGACGACUUUGCAGACCUCUGCAACCUUCCCGUCCUCAAUGAGGACAGCAUAUUAAACAACCUGCGCACACGCUUUUACAAGAAAAAGAUCUACACCUAUGCAGGCAGCAUCCUCAUCGCCAUCAACCCCUUCAAGUUCCUGCCCAUCUACAACCCCAAGUAUGUGAAGAUGUAUGAGAACCACCAGCUGGGCAAACUGGAGCCUCACAUUUUUGCUAUCGCAGAUGUGGCAUACUAUGCUAUGCUCAGAAAGAGGGUCAACCAGUGCAUCGUCAUCUCUGGCGAAAGUGGCUCAGGCAAGACCCAGAGUACCAACUUCCUGAUUCACUGUCUGACUGCACUCAGCCAGAAGGGCUACGCCAGCGGGGUGGAGAGGACAAUACUGGGAGCUGGACCGGUCUUAGAAGCCUUUGGAAAUGCCAAGACAGCCCACAACAACAACUCUAGCCGCUUUGGUAAAUUCAUCCAGGUGAAUUACCUGGAGAGUGGAGUGGUAAGAGGGGCUGUGGUGGAGAAGUAUCUCCUGGAGAAGUCUCGUCUGGUCUCCAGAGAGAAGAACGAGAGGAACUACCACGUGUUUUACUACCUGUUGUUGGGAGCUUCAGAGGAGGAGAGGAAGGAGUUCAAGUUGUUGCCACCUGAAGAAUACUUCUACCUCAAGCAGCAAAACUUUAAGAUUGAAGAUGAGGAAGACCUGCGCCAUGAUUUUGAAAGGCUGCAGCAGGCAAUGGAGAUGGUUGGCUUCCUCCCCGCCACCAAGAAACAGAUCUUCUCUGUGCUUUCUGCCAUCUUGUAUCUGGGCAACGUGACCUACAGGAGAAAGUCAACAGGCAGAGAUGAGGGGUUGGAUGUGGGACCACCAGAGGUCCUGGCCACACUCUCUGACCUGCUAAAGGUUAAAGAGGAACUGCUGGUUGAGGCUCUGACAAAGAGGAAAACAGUGACAGUCAAUGACAAGCUGAUUCUCCCCUACAGCCACUCAGAGGCUAUCACUGCCAGAGACUCCAUGGCCAAAUCUCUGUACAGCGCCUUGUUUGACUGGAUCGUGUUGCGCAUCAAUCACGCUCUGCUUAACAAGAAAGAUAUGGAGGAACAUGUUCCAUGCUUGUCCAUCGGUGUUUUGGACAUUUUUGGCUUUGAGGACUUUGAGACCAACAGCUUCGAGCAGUUCUGCAUCAACUAUGCAAAUGAGCAGCUGCAAUAUUAUUUCAACCAUCACAUCUUCAAUCUGGAGCAGGAGGAGUACCAAGCAGAGGGAAUCACCUGGCACAACAUCGACUACACCGACAACGUGGGCUGCAUCCACCUCAUCAGCAAGAAACCAACGGGUCUGCUCUACCUGUUGGAUGAGGAGAGCAACUUUCCCCAUGCGACAGAUGAAACAUUAUUAGCCAAAUUCAAGCAGCAGCACCAGGGCAACAUGUACUUUGUCCCCACACCGGUCAUGGAGCCUGCCUUUGUCAUUCGACACUUUGCUGGGAAAGUAAAAUAUCAAAUCAAGGAUUUUCGGGAGAAGAACACAGACCACAUGCGUCCAGACAUCGUGGCGUUGCUGCGGAGCAGCGACCGUGCAUUUGUGCGCCAGCUCAUUGGUAUGGACCCAGUGGCCAUGUUUCGAUGGGGCAUCCUGCGCGCCACCAUCAGAGGAAUUGCUGCUUUUAAUGAUUCCGGCCGUACCUGGGCUGCAAAGACGUCAGGUGUUGUCCGUCCGAUUUCAAGAACUCCUUUAGGAGAGCUUCAGCGAUCCAAUGCUCCAGUGGACAGAAUGUAUAAACGAGCGUCUAUGCUCGAUUUCUACUUUGAUCACUCAGAAGAGCGCCCUCUAGAGGUCUUUGAAGACAUCUUUGCUAGCUAUGAGAGUAAGAAAGACAUGCAUGCAGAAAUCAUCAGCUCCAUUAAGAACUUGCAGCUGGAUGGUGAGGACCCUCGCAAGCUGCUGCAGUCCUGGGGUCGCCUCAGCUUCCCUCGACACGUCCUUCAGAAAAACAAGAACACCAAACAGAGGCAGGUCAUCCCCAAGAGUUUGCUGGAUUCCCGUUCUCUGAAGUUCAUUGUGAGCCUGACUCUGCAUGAUCGCACCACCAAGUCUCUGCUCCACCUGCACAAAAAGAAGAAGCCUCCAAGCAUAAGUGCCCAGUUCCAGACAUCCCUCACAAAACUCCUGGAGACUCUGAACAGAGCCGAGCCUUAUUUCAUUCGUUGUAUUCGCUCUAACGCUCAGAAGAAGGAGAUGUACCUGGAUGAGGCUCUGGUUGUUCAGCAGCUGAGAUACACAGGAAUGCUGGAAACUGUUCGCAUCAGGAGGUCAGGCUAUGGAGCCAAGUACACAUUCCAGGAGUUCAUUGAGCAGUUCAGGGUUUUGCUGCCAAAAAAUGCAGCUGCCUCUAAAGAGGACAUCUCAGCACUGCUCGAUACAAAGAUGGGCCUGGACCCCACCACGUUCCAGAUUGGCAAAACAAAGGUGUUCUUGAAGGAGCUGGAGCGGCAGCAGCUGCAGGACACGCUGCACAAGGAUGUGAUGCGCAAGAUCAUUUACCUUCAGCGCUGGUUCAGAGCUCACCUGCAGAGAAAGGAUUUCCUGGAUAUGAGACAAGCAGCCAUCUUGAUUCAGCGUUCUUGGCGCAGGUACUGCAAAGAAGAGAAAAGGCGAUGGGCAGCCACUCUGAUCCAGGCUUUGUGGAGAGGACACAGACAGAGAACAGAGUACAAGCUCCAAAGACAGGGUGUCACCAAAAUACAAGCCCUGGUCAGAGGACACUCAGCACGCAGAAGGUGCCAGUCCAUGCGUGAGGAGAAAAUAGAAGCUCAAAUGAGGGCAGAAGAAGAGGAAAGAAGGAGAAGGGAAGAAGAGGAGGAGGCCAGAAGAAAAGUAGAGGAGGAGGAGGAAAGGAGGAGGAUGGAGGAGGAAGCUAGAAGAAAGGCCGAAGAGGAGGAGGAGGAAGCCAGGAGACAAGCAGAGGAAGAGGAGGCCACCAGGAAAGCGCAGGAGGCUUUGGAAAAGAGAGAGGAAGCGGAGGAAAAACCUGGGAGUGAGCCACAAACCCGAGAGGAUCCCGAUAUCGAGCUGGUCACAGAGGAGAUGCUGGAUGAAAACGUCCCUGUCCAGGAGAUAGAGGACGACAGAGAGGUUAAUACUAGCUCAAACACAGAGGAGGAACAGGGUAAGACGGAAGAGCUGGAUAAGGAAUCACAUGCAGAGACAAACGGUACCCUGGCUGAGGCUGGACCUCAGCUGGAUGAAAAAGAGGAAGAUGAGGAUUUGAGGGACGAAACACUAGAACAGUCAGCUUCACAACAAGCUCUUGCCUCUGAUAGCGACACCUCUGACGCACUUAAACUCACAUCGCCUGACGACAGGCCUCAGAGCGAUACCUCCACACCUCUCAAUGCUGAACAAAAGGGGACACAGCCUCCGUCUGUCCACAGGGGCAAUUCAUCCAGGAGUCAGGAGAAGAGAGAGCAGAGGAGACGAAGAGGGCUCGAGCACAAUCAGAGAGAAACCGAACGGGCCUCCUCCUCUUCAGCAAGCACCAAGGAUCAAACCUCCCAGACCAAAAGCAAAAGCCAGGAGGCCUCCAAGCUCAAAGAGCGGGCAGAUAGCAAGGAGCUGGACCAGUACACAUUUGUGGCCUGGAAGAUGAAGGAGGACAAAGGAGGGAAGAAGGAGACAAAAGCCUCUCCUGCUCCUGUUCGUCCGUCUACAUUAUCCCUGCAGCUCUCCGACCCCGUGCCUGAAAGAAACGGUUUAGGCGAAGGUGCUGGAGCUGUCAACCUGCAUCGUCGUCCUGGGGCGAUUAAGGAGAAGCCCGAGAAGUGGAAGGGAAGGAGGAGUGAUGGAGAAAUAUCUGACAGCAUCAGCCUUACCGCUCCUCAAAACAGGGAGGAUAGGAGGAAAAAACAACCUCUGAGCGAAACAGCCUCCUUAUCAUUUGACAGUUUGUCUCCGGGUUCUGAAGGAGCUGGUGCUAUUUCGGCCAGAGAGUUGAUUUCCCCGUCAGACAGCCACAGUGACGGCUCCAAGGGAGGCUCCUUCAGAAGGAAACACCACGAAGGCUCUUCUCACCCGGACUCUGCACACUCCAUCCCAUCCACACCAGACAGGUCAGGUGGUUUCUUCAGCAAAAUUUUAAAGAAACGACCACACAGGGAGGCCCAGACUCCAGACAACGGAGAAACGACGUUUGCCUCAAGUCUCAGCGAGAGAUCAACUGGAGGGGAAGCCCCAACGUCUGGCGAGCGAACUGGUAAAGGUUUGGGCCGCAACCCCACCAUUAAGAUAAGUCGUGCCACACGGGUCUCUGAGCAGUGGAACGCAUCACUGGAUCGUGAAAUCACCAACGCAAACGAGCUGCGGCUCCUCGACGAGUUUCUUGGCAACCAGGUGAAUGAUUUCCGCUCCAGGGGGAAGUCGCUGUCGGCGACGGAGGCCAUCUUUGUAACUGCCACUAUGCAGUUCAGAGAGAAUAUCAAAGCCAUGUAUUCUCUCCCAAAACCCACCACUGGCUACAAAGGUCUGAUGACGAGCUACCAGACCAAAGUGAUCCACCUGGCAGGUGAAAAGCAGAAAGGAGAAGUCCAACUUGUGGUCAACCUGUUCCAGUCGGUGCUGGAUGGCUUCAUCAGGGGAGAGAUGAAGAAGGAGGAGGCUGAGCCUGCAAAGCCUGCCAAAGCUAGAAAGAAAAGAAGAAAAAAAGAUAAAAGUAUGGAGAGCCCUCUGGAUCAUAUUUUUGUUAACUAUCAGGUCAACAUUAUGCAGUCAUGUGACCAGUGCAGCUCUUACAUCUGGGGCAUGGAGAAGGCCUACAUGUGCAGCUAUUGUAAGAUGGUGUGCCACAAGAAGUGCCUCUGCAAAAUAGUCACUGACUGCACAACCUUCUGUGCCAAAAAGAGCGACGAUGACUCUGGUGGUCAGCACUUUGGGGUGCGUGUGAGUAACCUGGUGAGUGAUAAGAACCCCGUACCGAUGGUGCUUGAGAUGAUGCUGGAGCAUGUUGAAAUGCAGGGCCUCUACACUGAGGGCAUCUACCGCAAGUCUGGCUCUGCCAACCGCAUCAAAGAGCUGCACCAGCGACUGGAGACUGACCCCCACCUGGUCUGCCUCGAGGACUAUCCCAUCCACACAGUCACUGGCCUGGUGAAACAGUGGCUGAGGGAGCUGCCAGACCCACUCAUGACCUUCACACAUUACAGUGACUUCCUUCAUGCAGUGGAACUGCCAGAAAAGCAAGAGCAGCUUCAUACUGUAUACAAAGGGCUGGAAGAGCUUCCUCCAGCAAACUUUAACACAUUGGAAAGACUUGUCUUCCACCUUGUCAGGGUGUGUAAAGAGGAGGCUCACAAUCGUAUGUCGCCGAACUCGUUGGCCAUAGUGUUUGCCCCGUGUAUCCUGCGCUGCCCUGAUAACGCUGACCCGCUGCUCAGCAUGAAGGAUGUUGCCAAAACGACAACGUGUGUAGAGAUGAUCAUCAAUGAGCAGAUCAGACGCUACAAUGAGAAGAUGGAAGAGAUCGAGCAGCUGGAGUACGCCGAGGCUCUGGCAGUAAACCAGCUCAAACUCAAGAGGCAGAACACGCACUUCUGGCACUUACCUCUCAGGUGCUCAGCUCCUUACAAAGGAGUGGUGGUGCAUGAGAAGGUCAGUUCAGAUCUCAGUGUGGUCCCUGAGAACGAGCCUCUGGACUCCGACACAGAGGCUGAGAAGAACUUGGUUGAGCGAAUCAAGUCCAUCAAACAGGAGAAAGAGGAUCUGGCCUGCAGACUACCAGAGAUGGAGCAGCCCGGCUCAGAUCAGGAGAACUUGGACUCCGAGGCCUCACUGAGCUCCGAGAGUCUUCUGGAUGAGCAGCAGCGUGCGUCUGUGCACUGCUCGGAGUCUGAAGGAAGAGCUGGCUCCCAGAGGAGAAGAUUAAGGCCGGCUUGUCCACCCAAACCACCAGACCUGUCCCAGCGCCAGAAAGUCCUCGGUGGACGUGUGUCUCUGCCGAACCUCACCCCUAGUAGCUCCACCUCUUCUUUGAUCAGCUGCACCUCUUUAACCUCAGAAUCCUCCAACGCCUCCAUCAGGCACCCACUGCAACGCCGCAACCCCAUCAUCCCAGACACAGUUAAACUCCCCCCCGGUAUCCUCUCCCAGUCCUCAUCCUCGAGUCCGGCUCACUCUCCUGGAAGUCGAACAUCACAGUACUCGGUCAGAAGGAGAGAGCAGCCGGGUCGCCGCAAAGACAGCACCCAGUCCCUGUACAUCGACAGCAUGAAGAGUGACCUGUUGUUGCAUUUUUCCUCCUGCCCUCCAUCCACUUCCUCCUCCUCGGCCUCCAUCGCUAAUGUAACACCUGCUCCUCAGCACCAGCAUCACGGCACACAGGCCCCACAGGGCCAGAGACGUUUUUCUGACCCAGACAUACCUUACAUGGACGAUGAUGCCUGACCAGGGAAAACACAAACGAUGCGUCUGAAGUCAUGUUGUCCUCUCUGACUGUCAAAAUAACUGGACAAAAUUUUGCCCAGCACUUUUUCUUAAAUUUUAAUAUAUCAUGGUUAACGUAAAGUAAUCCAGGUGAGACAGAGUCAUGUUUUUUGUAGCCUCAUAAUGACCAACCAGCCUUUAUGUUUCUUUCUCCUCCUGUUAAAUAGUGCAGGUUUCCAGCUGCAUUUUUCAUGACUUUUUCCUCGUAAUGAGCAAAACCUGCUCCCUGAAAAGUUAGCUAGUGCCUUGGUUAAUGUACAGUACAUGUAAAAUGUUCAUUUCUCAUGUAAUGUUAUGAACAGUGCUCGCAGAGGAGACGAAGGGUUAUUUGGGGAAAAACAGAGGACACAUUUGUCUCGGACUUCUGUGUUCAAGACAUUUUUGAAACCAGGACCUCGACAAGCACAUUGUGACUGUUGUGUAGGUGCGUCAUCACAACAGCUGCAAAGGACGACAACUUCUCUACGACUUAAUCUUUCACCUGCUGCAUGACGGGCCCCAGAUAGGAAACAUUUCCUCACAGAGUAAAGGGAAAUGGGAGCAGCACAUGCCACUUUUUCUUCAGAAACAUCAAAAACACAAACCCAGCAACAGCCGUGCCACGAUGUCUCGAACAAACUGAAAUCCAUGAACCCACCUCACCUUUUUUUUUUCUAUAACAGACUUGGCUCCACUCAGCUGUAUUGCACCUGUCAUUGAGAGUUACCAGUCCCAGAAUGAGCCGGUUCUGCUGGAGCACAGCUUUAGCCUACUUUGUAUGAAAUGUAAUACUAAUGUUCCUCUCUGACUGCUGAUGAAUGAUGUUUGCUAGUUUGUCUGGGUUAUUAUGAGGACAAUGUUCUGAUGUGUAACGUGUAAACAGAGAGUAUAUGGUUUGGACUGAAUGACGUGAACUGUAAUGGUUAUUAGUAUUAACUUGAUAAUACAGAAGGUGAUGCUUGUAACAUGCGCUUCUGUGUGUUUUGAUCAGGUGGAG